AUGGCCCUAAUGUUGCCACAUAUGAAUGCUUAUUUCAACACAAUUUUGGCACUUGGUCUCUUCUUAAUCUUUGGUACAACUCAAGAAGCUCUACGUUCUUUACUUCUUUGUAUAUGUCUUAAUCCGUGCUGCUGUUUAAAGCCCAUAUUCCGUAAACGAUCAUCAAUUGCUACAUUUGUUGGUAGUCCUGAGCAUAAUUCAAUGAAUGACAAUAUGUCAGCAAUGGCAGUUAAUGGAGAAGAUGAUAUUGAGAUGGACUCAGAGAUGGAUAUAUCAAUUGUUGAGCAUCCACCUAGCACAUUCGGAAAUUUGAAAAGGACAACAUCAUUCAGUAAAUAUAAAAUAGGGGAUGAUGUUUUAAAAUUUGAAGAAAUUAGAUGGGGUAACGUGUUUAGAAAUUAUAGCAUUGGCAGAAAUGGUCGUCAUAAUUAUGGAGGAAAUAAUAAAGUAGACAAGAAUGGUGGUGAUAAUAGUACUAGUGCAAUUAAUAGUGCAAUUAAUAGUGUUAAAAGUUUUAAAAGUUUUAAAAGUUUUAAUAGAUUUCUUGAAAGUCAACAAAAUGAUAGGAAUGGGAAUGAAAUAAAACAAAAUGGUGGAAAUGAACGCUCAAAUGACGAUAAUACAGUGGAUAAUAAAAUAACA